UCACACCUGUCAUUGAAAGGAGAGAUAAAGAGGGCGGUACAAACAGAACAGGAAACCUAGAUAAGAGUCAAAGUUGACUUAGUCGAGAGAGAGGAGGAAAAAGGAAACAGUUCAUCAAAGACAGAGGACGGAGCAAAUUGCCAACAGAAUAGGGAGACACUUAAAGCAUGCGAAAAACUUGGUCUGCCACAUUGAAAGGGUGAAAAACGGUGUCAGUGGUCAAGGGAAGUGACGGCACAACAAAUGGCCAACUCAUCUACCGUCAACACAUCCGUUCUUUCAUCAACCUUCUCCAUGUCUACGUUAUCACACUCCUCCACAACUCAGGCCCCUUCAGAUCAAAGUUGUUCAUUUGAUGACGCAGCGCUCCGUCUGCCCCUCGCAGGACUCUAUUCCCUUUUUUUCCUCAUCGGUCUGGUCGGCAACCUCUUCGCCCUGUGGGUCUUCCUUUUUUUACAAGUGAGUCGCAACUCUGUGCGGGUGUUCCUCAUCAACUGUGCUGUGGCUGACCUGGUCCUCCUGGUGUGCUUGGCCUUCAGGAUCCACUACCACAUGAAUGGAAAUGAGUGGGUGCUGGGGCAGACCGCCUGCAGACUCGUGGGAAAUUUGUUCUACAUGAACAUGUACAUCAGUAUUUUGUUGCUGGGAUUCAUUAGUCUGGACCGAUACCUCCGGUUGAACAUGAGCGGCAGGUCGCGAAAGUGCAUGUCGAUCAAGCUGUGGGGACAGAGUUGGGCCUUAUGCGGAGUACUGUGGGGUAUGUCCUUGCUGGGGUGCGUGACUAUGAUUGUGACAGCUGAAGACAAAGAGGACACUGGCAAGUGUUUCCAAUUCAAGCAUCGCAGCAGCAAUGCCAAGGGAAAAGCAUAUUUCAACGGACUGCUGGUGGCUGCUUUCUGGCUCAUCUUCCUGGUGCUGAUCGUGUCCUACGCCAAAAUUGCAUUGCGUUUGUUGAAAGUAUCUCGGGACAAACCAGACUUGCCCAAUGCCUCUCGCUACCAGCGAACAGCUAAGAAAUCCUUCUUUGUCCUUUUUGUGUUCACCAUCUGCUUCAUGCCGUACCACACCUUCCGCCCGGUCUACAUUCUCUCACAGCUCAACAAGUCGCUUCCAUGUGAAUACCUGCAGCUGGUGGACCGCAUCAACGAGAUCAUGCUCGUAUUGUCUGCAUUCAACAGCUGUCUGGAUCCAGUCAUGUAUUUUCUUUUGUCUGGAUCAGUGCGCAAAACUGCCAUGCAGGCUCUCGGCCAACGAAUUGGCAACUUGUUUGCCUUCCAAACUGAGGCGACGUACAACAGCUCCACGAUGGAGUUCCGGCGAUCCAGUGUGCCGAUCGCUUUGCCCAACAACUGGAACAAUAACUCUGUGACUCCGAGAGCCAGUCUUUACGUGGUCAGCGCCGUCGAGCCAAAAGAUGUGACCACAUUGCUCACCAACAAAGACUGAAACGUCGAACCAAACAAUGCUUCUGCUGUCGCACACGUCAUUGUUGCCUCAUGCACCAGUGGUUUUGGUAGCAGUUUCAGACCGAUUGUGCUCUUCCAGUUAGACUGACUUAGAUUGUGUUAAUUCCACUGUGGCUAAGACCAUUGAGAGUUAAAAUAUUACAGUAACAGUCUUCAGUCUCAAAAGGCUUGUGUUUCAGGAGGAAACACUCAUUUUCAUAAAAAUUAUUCUAACCACACACAAUGAUGUGUGCCAUUCCAGUAUAACCAACAAGCUUUCAUGUAAUUAAAAUGGAAUUCAUCAAAGAUAACAUUAUCAACUAUUUAAGAAAUAAUAAUAAGCAUUACUUUUUGAUAUAAGGCAAACACCAUUGUACUCAUUAGAAGUAAAAUAAUCUUGCAAAAAAUGUCAAGGAAAUAUUUACAUCUCCAUUAUUGUUCAUUUGCUUUGCUGUUUUGAUACCUUUUUUAUUACUAGCCUUGUUAUUGCUAGAAAUAAUUUAAGACUAAAAUGAGUCAGUGAAUAUCAAGUUAUUUACCGUCGUGUUUUUGUCUCAUGAUUGCCUAAUAAUAUGAGAUUAUUGUGCAUUUUUAAUUUUUUUAAUAACCGUUUUAAUUUAGUACAGUUGUGGAUUACACUGAUUAUUAAAUUCAUUUUAUUUUGAUACGGUAAUUGUGAUUUGGACAUAGAUAAUCACGAAAACUCAACCAAUACUGUGUCUUUUACAUGUAAAUGAAGCUCUGUAUUGCUGGAUUUGUCUGGGUUAGGACCGCUCCAUCUGGCCUGGUGGUAUUUGACAUCUGUGUGAGGUUAAUCCAAUUGCUGAGUGCCUGAUGAUAAUCUGACUAUCAGGACUCCAAACAAACGCACAUUGUAAUUACAGAGACAUAAAGGGGCAUGAUUUAAAGAUCAGCCCCCAGAAGGGGAUUCCCGUUAGAUGAAAAUGUCACUGAACAGUCGAUGACGCUUGUUCUGCAUACUGACGUGUUUUCUGCUGAUAACACUUCAAUGGGAAAUUUUGUCAUUUAUUUCGUGGGUUGUACGUGAAAAGGUCCGGUGGUUUUACCUUUACAUCGCGGUGGAUCACGUUGUUGUCAUGGCAGUACCGAAGAGCUUCCAAAAUCUGCCUCAUAUAAUGACUGCAGUUUAACAAGAGAGAAAAUGUGUUGGUCAAAGAAUACAUGAAUAUAUAUAUGAGCACUUAAAAUGCCUUGAGGGAUUAACAAAAAGGUUUUAAGAUAUAAUGUCACACUAAAAAAAGUAAAGGUUAAGGAAAACAUUUUUGCAUCUCUUUUAUAAAGAAGCCAAAAUGAGUACUUUGCUAGUUUCAUGGGGACCACCUAAAAAAUGGUGAGUCAAAAGCAAGAAUGUAUCAUCGAUUGUUACCAGACUUCCAAGCUUACCUGGCCACUGCUUCACUGUACACGAACCCAGCAUCAGCUCGCUUCACGAUUUCAAAACACAGGUCAGCUCCAUCCAUACUUCAAAGAAAAAAAGGAUUCAGGUUCAUUGUUUUGCUUGACAUGAGGAAUUUUAAUAAAAGGUUCAUGAAAA